AACUGUGGGUCAUAGUUCACAGAACUUUUAAACCUCGCGUUUGUUCUCUUUCACGCGUGUUUUCGAGUUCUGUCUACUCAGCGCGUACUUGUAAGCCUAUUCAAGCAUGUCUACAGGACAGAGGCUACUGAAGAUCGAGCCGGGACGAGACCGAGCAGAGACCGUACUCAUGAAGGGAGCCGACACGGAAACAGAGGCGCGGAUCCCCCGCCACAACCCCUUCCUCAUUACCUGCUUCAAAUAUCAGCUGCUCGUCUUCAACUUAGUCUUUGUGAUUGCAGGCACCGCGCUUCUCUGUGUGACCACGCUGGCACACUAUGCGUUCGCCGACUAUGUUCGCUACAUGGAGGACGAAUUGUGGCCCAUUCUCAGCCUGUGUUACUUUGUGGGAGCUGCCAUUUUCCUGACGGGGGCGAUCGGCUGCGGUGCAGGAUGGUGUGAGACGUACAAAGUGACAAUUACCUACUGUGCGCUGAUGACGUUGCUGUUUUUGCUGACGUCAGCGGCGGCGAGUGCCAUCAUCGCCUUUGAAGCUGUUGGCAAGGAUAACAAUACUAACAACCUGAACCAAGGGUUGACUCAGGCGGAGUGGAGGGUGGAACGCUUUAUGCUGAAGUCUAUGGACAGAGUGCAGUCCGGACGGAUCAUCAUGGAUGCCGUCCAAGUUCAGUUGCAAUGCUGCGGCGCCAAGGGCUACAUGGACUGGUUCAAGACUCCGUUCCACACCAUCCGGAACGAGUCCGAGCUGGACAUUCCGGGGUCCUGCUGCCUCAACGCCACCCGGAACUUCAGCUUCACUCAGCCGGACGACUCGUGUGGGUACGAGCUGGACACAGAGGCUAAAGCUAUCGACAGCAUCUAUACAGAGGGUUGUGGACCGAAGGUAGCCAGGUUCAUUCGAGAAAACCUGAAGGGACUCGGUGCAGUAGGGAUCAUAGUCAUCGUUUUAGAGAUUCUGGGGUUCACCUGUGGCUGCUGCUUCCUCCAUCAGCUACGGAGGAAGAGAAAAGAGCGGGAAAUGAUGGAACAGUACGAGCGUCUACUGCAGUACUGAUGACGUCAGGGAAACACUCCUCCCACACACAGCAGUAUUGAUGACGUCAACAGUUUAGGUCCACCUCUUCUGCAGUAUUAAUGACGUCAUGACUAGCUUCUCCCAACCUCCCUUUAAGCAAAUAAUUUUAUGUAAACAAGAAAACAAAAACAUACAACGUUAAAAUCU